CCCCCCCCCGCAGUCCCGCCCCGCGCUCCGGGCCCGCCGCAGCCCGUGCUCCGGUACCCGCGGCCCGGCCGCCCCUCCUCCUCCUCUCGCCCUCCGUCCUUCCCCGCCGCCAUGCUGGUGCCGGUGUUCACGCUGAAGUUGAACCACAAGAUCGUGCCCCGCAUGGUGGCGCUGGGCCGGUUCGACGGGACACACCCCUGCCUGGCGGCCGCCACGCAAGCGGGCAAGGUUUUUAUUCAUAAUCCUCAUGCCCGAGGACAGAGAACAAGCACCAACCGAAUGAUGCAAAGUAACCAAGAUUCUGACAUUUCGCUUCUCAACAUCAACCAAGGGAUCACUUGUCUGGCUUCGGGAGUGCUGAACCCUCAGCUUGGUUACGAUUGUCUUCUGGUUGGAACACAGACUAAUUUAUUGGCUUACGAUGUAUUUAACAACUCAGAUUUGUUUUACAGAGAGGUUUCAGAUGGAGCCAGCGCCAUAGUUCUUGGAAAACUGGGAGAUAUUUCAUCUCCGCUUGCUAUUAUUGGUGGAAACUGUGCCCUGCAGGGCUUUGAUUAUGAGGGAAAUGACCGUUUCUGGACGGUUACCGGAGACAAUGUUCGUUCAUUAGCACUGUGUGACUUUGAUGAUGAUGGUAAAAAUGAGCUUCUUGUUGGCUCUGAAGAUUUUGACAUCCGUGUGUUUAAAGAAGAUGAGAUCGUGGCAGAAAUGUCAGAGACGGAGACGAUUACUGCACUUAGCCCCAUGUACGGCAGUCGGUUUGGUUAUGCUCUUUCUAAUGGAACGGUCGGAGUUUAUGACAAGACAGCCCGCUACUGGAGGAUUAAGUCUAAGAACCACGCAAUGAGCAUACACGCGUUCGAUCUGAACUCUGAUGGGGUGUGCGAGUUGAUCACUGGCUGGUCCAAUGGGAAGGUUGAUGCACGCAGUGACCGCACUGGGGAGGUCAUCUUCAAGGACAACUUUGCUUCCUCAAUCGCAGGAGUGGUGGAGGGGGAUUACAGAAUGGAUGGGAGCACCCAGUUAAUCUGCUGUUCAGUUGAUGGUGAAGUCCGAGGCUAUCUGCCAGGAGGUGAGGAGAUGAAAGGAAACCUAAUGGAUACGAGUGCUGAGCAGGAUCUGAUCCGAGAACUUAGUCAAAAGAAACAGAAUCUGCUGCUGGAAUUAAGAAAUUACGAGGAAAAUGCAAAGGUGGACCUGAACACUCAGCUGAAGGAAGCAGAUUGGCAGAGAGGUGUGAUUCCGGCAAACACCCAACUCCAGACAGCCCUCUCCGUUAAUCUGGGCUCUGACAGCCAGUCUGCCCAUGUGGAGCUGUGCAUUUCCACCACAAAUGACACAAUCAUCCGUGCUGUGCUGAUCUUUGCGGAAGGCAUUUUUGAAGGAGAGAGCCACGUGGUACACCCCAGUCUCCAGAACCUCUCGGGCUGCGUUCGUGUUCCCCUCACUCCACCCAAAGAUGUCCCUGUGGAUUUGCACAUCAAAGCCUUUGUGGGUUACAGGAACAGCACACAGUUCCAUGUAUUUGAGUUGACAAGACAGCUUCCCCGCUUUUCAAUGUAUGCCCUGAGCAGCCCGGACUCAGCCGUGGAGCCACUGAGUUUUGUUAACUGUACAAUGAAUGAGAGGCCGCAAAGGAUUGUUAUGUGGCUGAAUCAGAGCUUCUUGCUGCCAGAGGAUGCAGAGUUUCAGAAUGCUCCCUUUCAGGUUUGCUUCACUUCCCUUCGUAAUGCGGGUCAACUCUUCAUCAAAAUCAAGCCUGGCGGAGAGAUUUCUAUCAACACGGAUGAUAUUGAUUUAGCUGGGGACAUUAUCCAGUCAAUGGCCUCCUUUCUGGCCAUCGAAGAUUUGCAGGUGGAAGCAGAUUUUCCUGCGUACUUUGAGGAGCUGCGGAAGGUGUUGGUCAAGGUGGAUGAACACCACACAGUGAACCAGAGGCUCACUGCUGACAUGGCUGAACACUCCAACCUCAUCCGCAGCAUGUUGGUUCAGGCAGAAGAUGCGCGACUCCUGGGAGACAUGAAAAACAUGAAGACACGGUACAUUGCGCUGUAUGAUCUUAACAGAGAUUUAAUAAAUCAAUACAAAAUCCGUUGCAACAACCACACAGAGCUGUUGAAUAAUCUGAAAGCUGUAAAUCAGGCAAUCCAGAGGGCUGGGCGGUUACGUGUUGGCAAACCGAAAACACAGGUGAUCAGUGCCUGUCGGGAUGCAAUAAGAAGCAACAACUUUAACAUGCUGUUCAGGAUAAUGCGUGUGGGAACAGCCUCCUCCUAAAACAGCUGGAGGUGCAGCAGCACCGGGGCAGGGAUUCCACACAGCCAGCAGAUAACAGAGCAGUCAGGACGAGUGGUUAGUUAGGUCCCCUGCUGCACCGCAGGGUGAAGUAAUUGCUAAGGUAGCAUCUUAGUUAUGCCAUUGGACAAUAAAUGUUAUUAUGCAGGCCAAAGGACAGUGAGCGUCGUGAAGAAAGCGUCAGAGUUUAAGUGCAGAUGUGAUAUUUAUGUGAGGCAGAGGUAUGACUUUGGAAGUUAUUUUUCUUACAGUAACUUAUUUAUGUAUUUUGAUAUAUUUUGUAGCUAAGGCAUUGGCCUUUUCCAUUAAAACAUAGACAGGUUUGACUGCUUUUGGUCCAGUUUAGUUGGGGAAAGUUUAUUUGUUAAAAAAAAAAACCCAAAGCACUGCUGGUUUUGCUGCGUAGUCUCUGUGCUCGCUAAGCACUUAGAAUCCCAGGGUUCAUCGCAGGGAUGUGCUGCUUUCUAGGUAAACUGCAGUUCAGUACACUGGGAGCACCGAAGGGAUAACAUCUCCUUACUGGCUUUUAAGCCAGCAGAUCUUUGAAAGCCGCCCAGUUCCCUGAUCCGCGCAGGUCGGAAGCUGCCUGUUUUAUAUCUGACACUCUACCCACACCUGCAUUGCAGGAAGUUUUGCUUCCAGCUACUGGUUCUGUGCUGCUACUGGGAAAAAACUGCAGAUACUGAGGUGGGCAAGGGC